AUCUUCUUCUGAUCUCCGACAAAGUGGUAUCAGAGCUAUAUUCUUGAGGGACCUGUGAGAGAAUGGAAACACAAGUGUAUGUGAGGGAGUGUGUACUGUAAUUAAAAAGCACAGCUAUGUCUUCAAACAACCACGGAAGCUCUCUUUCUUAUCCUCCUCUGUUCAUUGGCAAAAACUACAAUGUCUGGGCCAUCAAGAUGAAGACCUUCUUGAGAGAAGGAGAUGAAAGGGUCAAGGGCCAAAACAUGGUUACUCUCAAAAGAGAGUUUGCCAUGCUGAAGAUGAAGGAUACAGAGACUGUUCAUCAGUAUUUUUCAAAGGUGAUGGAUAUGGUUAAUAAAAUCAGAUUAAAUGCUGUCCUAAGAGCUGAAGAUACAGCUGAAGGUGCAUUCCAGGCUAAGGAAAAGCAACAUGCAGCUGGUUAUGGAAGAAGGCAGCUUCCUAGCAGAGCUGAAAGAGGAAAAGCUGUUGAUGUUCCAUCACAGGAAAGCCUCAAGUACAGUGCAGGUUUUGCAAGAAGCAUGGUCACAUUGAGAGAUACUGCAAAGCCAAAAUUGGCUAGAGUUGAUAUGGUUGAUAAUUGUUUUCCAUUGCUUUGGAAGUCUCCUAUACAAUCCGUGCAUGUUUCUAAGGUCGACAACACUGAUUUACGGCAUAUGACAUAUGGACAUUUUAAUGUCAAGUCUCUAAAAUUCAUGCAAUAUAAUGAAUUAGUUAGAGACGUGUCUGAGAUUUAUUUGAAUGGUGAUGUUUGUGGGAGCUGUCAAUAUGGAAAGUUGCAUAGACAGUCCUUUCCUGUGAAUCAGUCAUGGAGAGCUAAGCAGAAGCUUGAGCUAGUGCACACAGAUAAGAAAUUUAAAGCCCUUUUCGAAAAACAAAGUGGAUGUCAGAUCAAUACUCUUAGGUUGGACAAUGGCAAGGAGUAUACCUCCUCUGAAUUUGAUAAGUUUUGUGAAGAUGCUGGUAUAGCUCAUCAAUUGACAGUCCCAUGCACUCCACAACAAAAUGGGGUUGCUGAAAGGAAGAAAAGGACUAUUAUGGAAAUGGCAAGUCCAAAGGCUAUAGAGUUUAUAACUUGGCAACUAGGAAAGUUACCGUUCACAGAUGUACAAUUUGAUGAGAAUGCAUACUGGGACUGGAAUAAGAAGGAAGCUGUCAAGGCUAUUCUUGCAAAUGAUGAUGCAGAAGCCUCCAAAAAGGCUGAUCAGAAUUUAUUUGAUGAUUCAGAAGUUGAUGGUAUUGAUGCUUACCAGGAUACUCCUGAGGAGAUAGACAUGAUUAAUAAGAAUGGCACCUGGGAAUUAACUUCUAAACCAGAAGAGAAGCACGUGAUAGGGGUCAAAAGGGUUUAUAGAACUAAAAUGAGCCCAGAUGGCUCAAUUCAUAAGCACAAGGCCAGGCUUGUAGUGAAGGGAUAUGCUCAGCGACCAAGGGUUGACUAUGGGGACACUUUUGCUCCGGUUGCUAGACAUGAUACAAUUAGAUUGUUGCUAGCCUUAUCUGCAUGUAUGGGUUGGAAGCUGUACCUUAUGGAUGUUAAAUCAGCUUUUCUUAAAGGUUAUUUGCAAGAGGAUAUCUUUGUUGAACAACCAGAAGGCUUCGUAAUUUCUGGACAGGAGUGCAGCAAGGCUUUGUUCAAAGUGAAAAUGAACCAACUCUGGAGUGAUUUACAAAUGCCACAUCAGUUCAAAACAGCUAUGAACACAGAAUUUGAGAUGUCUAACCUCGGUGAAAUGAGUUACUUCCUGGGAGUGGAAAUCACUCAACUGGUUGAUGGUAUUUAUGUUUCUCAGCACAAGUACUCACUUAAUGUCUUGAAAAAAUUUAAUAUGGAAGUUGCAAAUCUGUGGAAACACCACUGUCAAGUGCAUUAUGGAGCUGCUAAAAGGGUUAUUAGAUACUUGAAAGGCACUUUCGAUUAUGGCCUUAUGUUUAAGAAGAGCAAAGCUUGUGUUCUUGAACUUGAAGGUUAUGCAGAUAGUGAUUGGGCUGGAUGUUUUGAAGAUGCUAAGAGCACUACUGGAUUGGUCUUUAAUCUUGGUUCUGCAGCUUUUUCAUGGAUUUCUAGAAAGCAAGAUGCGGUCGCUCAAUCAACAGCUGAGGCCAAAUACAUUGCAGCAGCUGAAGCAGCUAGUCAUUCAGCAUGGAUUUGCAAAGUGCUUACUGAUGUGCGUUGUCAACAAAUUCAGCCUUGUGUUCUUCAUUGUGACAACAACAAAGCAUUUGCAAUUGCACAUAAUCCAGUGCAACAUGGCCGGACUAAGCACAUAAAUGUCAAAUGUCAUGUGCUUAGAAAUAUGGUGCAGAACAAUGAAUUGAAGCUUAUCUUCUGCAGUACAGAAGAGCAAGUUGCUGAUACAUUGAUCAAAGCUCUUCCAAGAGCUAAGUUUGAAAUGCAAGGAGUGAUAGAAGAGUGAAUUUUACAUAGAUACUCAAUAGCUAAUAUUUUAAUUAUGUUAAAUGUAUUGGAGCCAUGUGCUGUAAUUUGUCUUUUGUAAUUUGGUUGAUAGUGGUCAAAACCACUCAAGUUUGUACAAUGUAAGAAGUAAGCUCCAUAUAUCAGUAAAUGAUAUCAGAUGAAGAUGUAUGGUUAUGUCUUCAAUGCUUUCCCUCAAUUUCUCCUCUCUGUUUUUCCUCUUCCAGUGAGCUCUCUGUGCUUUUCUUCUUCUGAUCUCCAUCAAAAAGUUUGUACUAGAGUAGAAAAGAGGAUCAAUAAUUGCUAUCCAAAUCC